AGAGCGUGGAUGGUGAGCAUGCGCCCCGUAGAUGUGUGGGACAACACCACAACACCAGCACAGGGCACAGAAGCUGUUAUAAUGGCCGUGGUGGCCCAGAACGCUUCGGGCUGGGUGUUGGAUGCGCGCUCCCUCUUCGCCCAGAGCUACUCCCGCUGCAUCUGGGGGACAGGAGGACACAAGACACUCGUCACAUGUACCUUUAAAAGUCAGUGUUUUCAAACCGAGCGAAGUCAUGUGAGCGACAAAGGUGAAGCUGGGCGCGCGGGGAAUGUCGACGUUAUCAGCACUAGACAUGAUAAGAAGAGGAAGCGGAAAUGCACAGAACUCAACCAAGGGGAAAUCGAUAUCAAAGCAUUUCAUGAUAAGGUUAGGUCAGUUAUACUGGAGGGCACUUUGGCUUUGGUGAAUUCGGCCAGGGCAUGUGGUUAUCUGAACACCCCUGAAGAAUGCACACAAGAUCUUGGUACUUUGCCUGAAUGUGCCUUAAGUGACCUGUGUGAAAUGGCUAAACAGCUCCCUCUUGUGGAUAUUGAGAAGCAAGACACUGUUGCUCAAGCACUUGAAGGGAGCUCUACGUUUCAUCUGGAUUUGUUCUCCAGGGUGACAGAAAACAGGUCAGACACCGCUGCCGUGGUGACUCUGUUGGGAGAGGAAUAUGUGAUACCAGCCCAGUCUGCUUUCCUCCUUUCGGACUUCACCAGAGUUCAGCCACUUGUGAGCUAUGGAGCAAAGUUUGACUUGAUAGUCAUUGAUCCACCAUGGGAAAACAAGUCUGUUAAAAGAAGUCGCAGGUACAAUGCUUUGCCAUCAUCUCAGUUGAAAAAUUUGCCUGUUCCUCUUUUGGCAUCCUCAGACUGCCUAAUAGUCACAUGGGUAACAAACCGACCUAGCCACCUCCGAUUUGUCCGUGAUGAGCUUUACCCACACUGGGGGGUAGAGGUUUUGGCUGAAUGGUUGUGGGUAAAGGUCACCACAUCAGGACAGUUUGUUUUUCCACUGGAUUCGAAACACAAAAAAACAUAUGAAGUCUUAGUUCUUGGACGAUUUUCCUUUACUGGAAAUAGAUCAGAAAGUACGUCCAGUGAGUCAAUAUUGAUAGAGGAUCAUCGUUUAAUAGUCAGUGUGCCAUCAACUCUUCACUCCCAAAAGCCCCAACUUUCAGAGGUACUGAAGCCCUACAUCAGACCCAGUGCAAAGUGCUUGGAACUUUUUGCCCGAAAUCUUCACCCAGGGUGGACCAGCUGGGGAAAUGAGGUGCUCAAAUUCCAACAUGUGAGCUAUUUCACCAUGACACCUGCAGACGCCGAUGCAAAGUUCCCCACAUAAUAGCUUCCAUUGCGUCUUUUAACCUGUUUUAAUAAGAGAAAAAAAUCCAACUGUCUAUAUGAAUUCCUUUUGAUAUGCUUUGCUUAUCCCAAUGGUUGCUUUGAUUUCUGUUUGGGUUCGGCAUACAUUGUUAAGGUACAAGCUGAUGAUGCAGUUGACUAGAUGAAAGCGCAUAUAUUGUGCAUGUGUGUUUUGAACUCAGCUUUCUCACUUGCAGUCAGUCAGAUAAACAACAUUCCACUUUAUUCCUCUGGAGUAAUCUUUGGCACAAUAUGUGUCUUAAAGAUGAUCAAAGUAUUACUAUUUUUACUACUGGCAUGGGACAGAAUUUUAAAUGAUUUAUUAUAAAAAAUAAAUUGUUUUAAGAAUGAA